GGUAAGAGCCCCUCGACAGCGCAACACUGCCCAUGACAUUACCAACUCGACAAAACAACUUCACAUCACCACCUCGCCGCACAAGCCCGUACUAUGCAUUGCCGGAGAGCACAAUAGAUAGAGAUUUCACGUCUUUGUCGCGAGUUUGUCGCACUUUUCCGAGGAACCAAGUUUGCCAUCUCGGUGCACGCGAAGGAACGACUGCCUGACUGGCUUAGAUGAAGGCUGCGCAACUCUAUCAGAUCCGAUAGCAAGAUGCCAAAAUCAUCAGGCGCUGUGCCGAAGGGGUGGGAUGUGCAAACCAUCUACCUUCACGCUCCUUCAUAUUCCAAGAAGCUUUGUAGAGACAAAGUUAGCGCACUUAUAUUGCAAAAGUCCGAUCUACCAUCCGAUACACAGGUUUACAAGCCGAACGGGCCGUACUCAAACGUCAAGAUCACACCCGUCACGGACUCUGCGCAUCCUGCACACGGACAGCAUGCGCUUUAUGCUAACCAGCAUCUGCUACCAGACUCGUUCAUUCUGCCGUACUUGGGCUAUGUGCACGAUCAGACUGACAUUGAUGAAGCAUCAGACUACGACCUCUCACUCGACCGCGAACUAGGCAUCGGCGUUGAUGCAUCAAAGAUGGGCAACGAAGCACGCUUCAUCAACGACUACCGGGGCGUCUCUGCCGCACCGAGCGCCGAGUUCCGCGAUAUACUUGUAGACAUUGGGAACGGGAAGGUGGAAAAGAGGGUCGGAGUCUUCGUGCUCAGCGCUGGCAAAAGUGGAAAGAGAGCAAAGGGCAUCGGACGUGGACAAGAGAUCCUUGUCAGCUACGGCAAAGGUUUCUGGUCAGAUCGACACUCUACUGAAGAGUGACACGCCUGUACCACACCGCUCUCAUGUCUCGCAACAUGUCGCAUCACUUUCAUGUACAUCCGCCGAAUGCCGGUACACGUUUGCCUUUCGGUCAAUUCCUUCUGGAACGACUGGGCGCCGAUUGGCGACGCCGUAUGAUCAGCGCGGUCAGGCCCUCGAUUCCCUAAGACCAACCCCGACCAGGCAGUGAGAUGUUUGUGUCGUACACGUAUCAUGCGGAGGAUGUCGCUCCGACAUGACGCUUACUCGAGGAUAUGCGAAUACCUGAAAGCUGGGCGUAGUCGCGGCGCGUCAGGGCAACGACAAGCCAAGGUCUUGUUCCUACUGUCCAUGAUUAGGCGCUAUCGUCCACAAUGAACGCGAAUCCCACGAGUCUUCUGUCACCAACGUGGCACUCCAGCGUGACACUUCCCUGCGGCGUGAAGGAUCAAGGGUCCGUUCUGGAAGCCUUGUCGUGGAACCUUUACGGGGUCCUGAUACGCUAGAAACGACG